GAAUCCCUCCCCCCCUCCUUCCUGACCUUUAACCCACUUCCAGUCCGGACACUUUUCCCCCCUUCCAGUCCGGACACUUUCACCCCCUUCCAGUCCGGACACUUUCCCCCCUUCCAGUCCGGACACUUUCCCCCCUUCCAGUCCGGACACUUUCACCCCCUUCCAGUCCGGACACUUUCACCCCCUUCCAGUCCGGACACUUUCACCCCCUUCCAGUCCGGACACUUUCCCCCCCCUUCCAGUCCGGACACUUUCACCCCCUUCCAGUCCGGACACUUUCACGCCCUUCCAGUCCGGACACUUUCCCCCCCUUCCUGUCCGGACACUUUCCCCCCCUUCCAGUCCGGACACUUUUUCCCCCCUUCCAGUCCGGACACUUUCCCCCCCUUCCAGUCCGGACACUUUCACCCCCUUCCAGUCCCGGACACUUUCACCCCCUUCCAGUCCGGACACUUUCCCCCCUUCCAGUCCGGACACUUUCCCCCCCCUUCCAGUCUGGACACUUUCCCCCCCCUUCCAGUCCGGACACUUUCCCCCCCCUUCCAGUCCGGACACUUUCCCCCCCUUCCAGUCUGGACACUUUCCCCCCUUCCAGUCCGGACACUU